AUGGUAGAGAGUAGAUGUGGUCAUCUGGAUGGGACUGGUGACUACAGCCUUGUGGAGGAGCCGAGGACAAUAGUGCUAGCUCUGGACUAUGAUCCUGUACAAAACAAAGUGUACUUUGCCAGUACGGUACUGAGGCAGAUUGACCGGGCUGAUUUGGACUGCGGGUCCUGGGAAGUUCUGCUCACUGAGGGGUUGGACUCACCAAAGGGCCUGGCUGUGGACUGUGUCAACUGCAAGCUCUACUGGACUGACUGAGGCCUCUCAACUUUAGAUCGCAGCACUUUCGAUGGCAUCAACAUAGAGAACGUUAUUAGCAAUGGGAUACAGAAACCAAGGGGAAUUGCCGUUCAUCCUUUAGCCAAGACGUUGUUCUGAACCGAUAUGGGUACCAGGCCUGUGGUGCAGAGUGCGUCUUUGGAAGGAAGUGACCAUUUGGUCAUCGCUGGUGCUGACUUGUUGUCCCCUAGUGGUCUGACCAUUGACUUCACUGAAGACAGGCUGCACUGAUGUGAUAGCAAGAGUGGUGUAAUGGAGACGGCAUCCCUGUAUGGCUCCAACCGACGAGUCCUGACAGAGAACAAUAGUAUAACAACUACGUCCUUGUUUGUGACCACCAGUAGCCAUAUUGACAACACCAGCCAGUGGCUGAACACCAACACAGUGGAGAGCUGCCCCUCAUCUCAUGAUACUUACUGUCUCUAUGAGGGAGUCUGCUUUUACUUCGCAGAGAUAGAGUCCUACACCUGCAACCAAGUCCCCCUAUCUACCUCCUUCUGUGUCUCUGGCUACAUGUGCGAGCGCUGUCAGUUCAGUUAUCAAGAGUGGUGGGAGCUGCAGCAGGCCAAACAGGAGAAGAGGAGGAACAUGGCCAUCGCCCUGGGCAUGCUGGUCCUCAUUCCACUACUCUCCAUCACUGCCUGCGUCAACUACUGCUACAGAUGCGAGGGGAAUGGGGGGGCGGGAGGCUGGAGGAACGGGGUGAGAGGGGAACGAGGACUCAAGGGAAGGAACGAGUGCUCCUGUGGAUCAGCUACCAUGGAGACCAACAAGAAGGGGGCCAACCACCUCAAGUCCAUCGACAACCUCAUCUUCCUGGAUGACCCUCAGCCCGCCCCCACCGUGACACAGCCCCCAAACCCACCAAACGAGAACCAAAGAACACACUCUGGAACCUGGAGAUUGCUAGCAUGGAAUCAAAACUGA